AUGGCACUCUUGGCGUCCAGCGUGCCACACACGCACACGGACACACACACCGACAUCACGCGAACGUUCUUUGCUGCCGUUGACGCCAUGCCGCGCGGGCGCAUAGCCGUGUCGCCCCAUUUCAACAUGCUCGACGGUGCGCGGGCCUUGGAGGUGGGAAACCCGCGGCUAGACACGGGCCUCAUGCCUGUGCGGGCGGUCGACGUGGAGUUUGACGUGAAGAAGGAGCUCGAUUUGGCGCAGGUGGCGGCUGUCAUGAACAGGCUCGUGGUGCUGUACACGGAUUGGUUGGGCGGCCUGCCGCUUCUGGUGACUGUGCUCAGCUGCCGGUAUGUGGUGGACUAUCUCGAGAAGAUGGACACGGAGGUUAUCGCUGGGUGCAGCAAUGGCAGCAGCACGGAGCCGAACACAUGCGAUGGCGCCAAUGACAACAGCACGUCCAAUGGACAAACGGAUGGCGCCGGAGGGCCGGUCGCCAACGUGCUCCGCCCCUUUGUUGCCGCGCUCUGUUUCGUGGUAGGGUUCACGCGCGACGUGGCGCUCAGCGUGCUCUACGACGAGGAAGACGUCACCACGCGCGCCAUGGAUUUUACCUUUUCGCGCGAGCGCCCGGCGGCAGUGGCUGAACAACUCGACGCGGCCGCAGCGUGGCUCGAUGUUCCCGACCGCAGCAAGCAUGCGCUGGCGGCGGCCGCGCGCGACUUGGUGCGCCUUGCACGCCGCCUCGUGGCGCUCCUGGCGGUGCUCGAAGUGCGCGGCGGCAUCUUCGCUGCGCCGGGCGCGGCCAUUGAAUCCAUCUGUAGCGUCAUGGCAGACGCGGAGAAAAUCGCUGUGCGUUUGCAGCCUCUUGAGCACGCGCCCGUCCCCGACGGCUCCUUUUCCCAUUUCGUCCAGCUCUACUGCAAUAACAGACACAUUCCGGGCAAAGUGGUGGAGGGCAACCAAGACGGCGCCUAUGGCGAGGUGGCGCGCACAGUGGCCAGUGUGCGCCUGUUUGUCGAGGCGCUUCUGCGGGUGCGCACUUCGCGCCAUCUCCACACAUAUCUCGAGUACACGGCGCCGCAAAUGGCGCUGCGCUUUGGCGUGGUGGCCCGCGGCUUGUUCCAGCUCUACCUUGUGCGUGACGACCGGUCUCUUGCUGCUCUGGCGGAAACGGUGCUGUCUUUCGCUGAGGCGCUUGCCGACGGUCUCUGCGCGCGCGACGCCGUGCCGCUUUUCCGCCCGGACCUAUGGCCCGACGCUGCGCGCGACGCCGCGCAAGACCGCGCGCUUCUGUUGUGCGCCGACCUUGAAACCACCGUGUUCCACCAGCUCGGCGCGUGGGCGGCAAAUCCUUGUCGCCGUCGCCAGCUCGAUAGCCGCGCCAUAGUCAUGUGGGACCUGCUCCAGGCCGCUGCAGAACAACUCGAGGUGGAACUUUUCUCCCACGGCGUCGGCGACCGUCUUCCAUCGGAAGAGCCUGCCCUCGCGGUGCUGUCGUUUGUGUACUACCAGAAACUCGUGGUGAUGGCUGAUGUGGCGUCGGCUGGUUUUGCCCACGAACUUUACAUGCCUGGAGAGGCCGCCCAAAUGAUGUGGCUACUGGGUUACCUUCACCAACACGCGCAUGAACAUUUGACGCGGCGUGUGCAAGUGGUGAAUGACGCAAAGGCAAUGGGACCAGCGCAGUGGUCCAAGAAAAUCAAGCGCACCAAGGCGGGGCCCAAGAAAGACGCUUACCGUGCCGCGCUCCGGCGCGCAGAGGCAGCGGUGCCCCAGGCUGAGGAGAAUUUGCGCGUGCUCACCAACUUCAGGGCGCCCGCCCACUUUGCACAGCUGCUUGUGGCCAACGCUGUCUCGCACGCUAUCAAUUUGUUCUGCGCCUGCCUGUCCACGCCGAUUCACGCUCUAUCGCGCGAUCAGUACGGCCUCCGCAUGAAACCAUGGGCGUCGGUGGGCGUCCCGGAAAUGCCUACCUUUGAACACUGGCAGAAGCUUGCUGAGCCUUACAGAGCAUUAGCAGCAAUUGUGGGCCAGCUGCCGGAGAAUUUUCUGGACGCGGCUCGUUCACAGGUGGCUGCUUUGGCUCAAGCAAUAAAUGAAAAGUUGGCGCGGGCAGCAGCGGCGUGCACCGAACUCUUGACUGGGCUUACAAAACUCGAGGGCGUGAUUGCUUACGAGGGCGGCGACGCUGAUGUGCGCGCGCACUUUGACCUGCUCGCGCGGACUUGCGUGGCGUACAAAAUAGAAGUGGGGCGCGCGCAAAAGACGUUGGCUUCGGGCCGUGCGCUUACGCUCGCCUCGCGCCCAGGUUAUCUCGAAUGCAUCCCCAUUUACCAUCUCCACUAA